UGGAAACUUGUUUUAUGAAAAUAGGUUUUGUGCCUUAAAAUACUUCAACGGUUACUAAUCUGAUCAUUAAUUCUUGUGAAGCUACUAGUACAAGUACUUGCCAUCAACAACGGUAGCGUGUUCUAUCGUCUCUCAGGUUCUCUCAUCAACAAAGAUUCGCUAUGAUCCGACACGCCCUAGAAAGAACCGGAACCACCCUCCGGUCCCUACUCUUCUUUCUUCCUCCUCCUCAAUCUUUCCAUUUAUAGUAUAUCGAUUAACGCAAGAUCAAACGAAGAUGCGAGCUUUCCACCAAGAGGAUGGAACUCGUACGACUCCUUCUGCUGGACAAUCUCCGAAACUGAGUUCUUGCAGAGCGCUGAAACCAUCUCAAAGCGUCUCCUUCCUCAUGGAUAUCAAUAUGUUGUGGUGGAUUACCUUUGGUACAGAAAGAAAGUCCAAGGAGCUUACGUGGACUCUCUUGGCUUCGACGUGAUUGACGAAUGGGGAAGGAUGCAUCCUGAUCCUGCUCGGUGGCCUUCUUCUAAAGGCGGCAAAGGCUUCACCCAAGUAGCUGAGAAAGUUCAUAAGAUGGGUUUGAAGUUUGGGAUUCAUGUUAUGGGUGGGAUUAGCACGCAGGCUUAUAACGCAAACACUCUCGUUAUGGAUAGUGUCAAGGGAGGUGCUUAUGAGGAAUCAGGUAGACAGUGGAGGGCGAAGGAUAUUGGGAUGAAGGAGAAGGCUUGUGUGUGGAUGCCGCAUGGGUUCAUGAGUGUGAAUACCAAGCUAGGUGCUGGAAAAGCCUUCUUGAGGUCACUUUAUCGGCAAUAUGCUGAAUGGGGAAUCGAUUUCAUAAAACAUGACUGUGUAUUUGGGGAUGACUUCAAUCUAGAUGAGAUCAGUAUUGUGUCAGAGGUUCUGAAGGAGCUUGAUCGGCCUGUUUUGUACUCCAUAUCUCCAGGGACGAGUGUGACCCCUACAAUGGCUAAAGAAGUUAGUCAGUUGGUUAACAUGUACAGAGUAACAGGUGAUGACUGGGACACAUGGAUAGACGUGGUGGCACAUUUCGAUAUCUCGAGGGAUCUAUCUGCGUCUAAUAUGAUCGGUGCGCGAGGGCUACAAGGAAAAUCAUGGCCAGAUUUAGAUAUGCUACCUCUUGGAUGGCUUACUGAUCAAGGUUCGAACCUUGGACCUCAUCGACUGUGUAAUCUUACUAUGGAAGAACAGAAGACACAGAUGACAUUGUGGUCUAUAGCAAAGUCCCCUCUCAUGUUUGGAGGUGAUGUGAGAAAGCUUGAUGACGCGACUUAUAAUCUCAUCACUAAUCCUACACUUCUGGAAAUCAAUUCUUAUAGCUCUAACAACAUGGAGUUUCCUUACAUCACCGCGGCACGGAACAAUCCUCAUCAUUCAAUAGGCAACAACGUUAAAACCAAACAUGCAUUUGGUCUGACUAGCUGCAAAGAACCAAAAGCCAGCACUUGGUCCGUUGUAGACAAGAACAAUGGAAAAAUCUGUUGGAACCAAUACUCAACCGAGAAACCAGAGAAGCCCUUUUGCUUAUACAACAGAAAAGCUCUUCUAUCUUCCAGUGAGGAGAUACAACACAAUCAGCUCUAUCAAGGUAAGCUCCAUUUACAAACAAAUGAUAAAGCAGAGUCUUGUUUAGGAGCUUCCUCGAGGAAAAAGCUCACUUCCAAAGACUAUAGUCGCGGUGCGUUAUCACCUUGCAAACUAGACGCAAACCAGAUGUGGGAGCUCCACAGUAAUGGAACACUAGAAAACAGCUACUCUGGUCUUUGUGCUGUGUUAAAUCCAGUGAAAGCAGAAGCUAGCUCCAAUGGUGUUCGUUCUUGGAUUGCUUCGGGAAGAAGAGGAGAAGUGUAUGUCGCCUUUUUCAACCUAAAUCAGGUGAAGACGACGGUAUCAGCUAAGAUAUCAGACAUUGCCAAGGCUCUUCAGAACAAGACGCAUCUUGAAGGAGCUUCUUGUAAGAGCCACGAAAUAUGGAGCGGUAAAGAUUUCGGACCAACGAAAGAUUCAGUAACGAUUCAAGUUGAAUCUCAUGGUCCUGCUCUGUUUGUUCUCCAUUGUAGCCAUGCAUGAGUAUAUCAGAUCAACAAGCUGUUCUUUUGCCUUCUACUCACGACUGUCGUUUUUCAUCAUAUAGUGUAAUGUUUUAUCUUAGCCUAAUGAAAACAGAGUUUAUGUAUAAUCUAUGCUUUAAUAACACUGGUUACGAUGAUAA